AGUAGAAACGGGACUCAGCAAAUACAAACAUGCUGCAGAUCAACAACAUUACUUUAUAUUCAUGUAAUAAAUAUACAAAUAUCAAUUAGAUGGUAAUCUGCAUGAGAGAUAAAGAAAAAGGAAAAAUAUGUGGUUAUAAUAAUCAUCCGCUUAUAGUGAUCAAUUUGACCUGGACAGACGUGAUCACUGUAAGAGGUUUCCACUGUAUUUCUAUACAGUGUCAAGUUCAAUUGACCUGCAGUACACACUUUAGCAAAUUAUUGGAAUUAACCUGAACAUCUCCAGUAGCAUAGAAAAUGUGUGCAUUUUCUUAUUAAAUUAUUUUUAUUUAUUUUUUGCCAUGUAGAAACCAAACCGAACCAAUUCAUGCUGUCACACCCUCAUUCCUCGAGUUUGAAUUGUGGGAUCUGACAUGUGAAUCCUGUGAAAUCAUUGGCACGGUAGGUAACAACAUAUGACUUAAUUUCACAAGAGAAGAAGUACAAAGACUAUAAAAGCUGCUCAGUGCAGGUGAAAUGCAGGUGAGGUGGGUCUUCACACAAAGCAUGACAAAUUUCUCUGAAGUGACAUCUUUUCAUCUAUCUGACUACAAUGGAAUGGAGAACCUGAAGCCAAUGUAUUUCUGCAUUUUCCUGAUUAUAUACAUAACCAUUGUUGCUGAAAAUGUAGUGUUAAUCGGAGUGGUCUAUCAUGAAAAAACCCUGCAUGAGCCAAUGUAUUUGUUGCUGUGUAACUUGGCUGUGAAUGGUCUGUAUGGAAGCACUGCUUUACUGCCAGCAGUACUGAGCAACAUACUGUCACACUCAUAUGAGAUAUCACUACCGUUUUGUCAGACACAGAUCUAUGCUCUACACACAUUUGCCAUCAUUGAAUUCACAAUUCUAGCAGCGAUGAGUUAUGACAGGUAUGUGGCCAUUUGUCAUCCGCUGCUUUAUCAUGAAAUGAUGUCACAGAGAGUUGUUAAACUUAUUGUAUUUACGUGGCUUUACCCCAUGCUGGCAUUUCUCAUUGUUUUCAUUUUCACUCUUCAGCUGCGGUUUUGUAACAGAACCAUAGAAAAGGUGUACUGUUUUAAUUACAUGCUGGUGAAACUUGCCUGUACAGAUUCAUCUAUUGUUAACAUAGUUGGCCUACUAUCUGUAGCUCUGUACACACUUCCACAGCUUAUUAUGAUCUGUUAUUCAUAUGCACACAUCCUGAGGAUAUGUGUAUUGUCAUUCAGCAAAUCCAAAAUCAAAGCCCUCCGGACCUGCACCCCCCACCUACUAUCAAUAAUGAACUACUCUAUCGGGUGCUUUUUUGAAAUAGUACAAAGUCGGUUCAACAUUAGUCACCUGUCUUACCAAACCAAGUUGUUUUUAUCUCUGUACUUUCUGAUAUUCCCACCCAUUCUUAAUCCAAUAAUCUAUGGUUUGAGCAUUCAAGUCAUAAGGGUACAACUGUUUAGGCUUUUCAGCAGAAAAAGCAGGCAAGUAACAAAUAAUGUAGCCAAGAGGGCUGUUGUUAUUGCGCGUUGAAUAGUCUCUCCAUGUUGUUUAAUCACAUUUGCCAUCUCAUUUACUAAAACAAAACCAGACCAGCCAGCAACCGAGAAAAAGAUUUGGAGUGUUGAAUUCAUGUCAUGCCAUGUGGAAUUCCUUAGCAGGCUGAAGCUCAGGCUUUGCGCAUAUCACAGCAAUGUUGUAAAGACAUAUUUUUCAGUGUUUAAUACAUUUUAUUUGGUUUACUGAAGUAAAUUUAUCACUGGAGCUUUAAAACACACCUUCGUCUUUCACACGUUGUCCUGCCUGCUCUGCAAACUCUAAAGUGACCACUGUUUAAAUGCAAAAAUGACUAACGCAAUUGUUUUGGUGAUGGCAAUCUAACAUUUUGGUUAAGUGUAUGUUAUCCUCCUUGACUUUUGACAGGUUUUAUAAACACUCUUCUUGUCACGAUGAGCUGAGAACAUGAAAAUCUGUUUUUGCUAUGACUGAAAACUUGUAUAUGAAGAGUUUAUUUGCAAAAGAUAAACGCCAUUCUUAAAAUGAAUAAACCAACACAAGUUGAUUGAUAUUUUAUAUAUUAGAUAAACAUUUUUUAUAUAAUUUGCUACAAUUAAUAAAGCAUAAACAUUCCAGUCA